AUGCCUUCAUCACGUCUUAAUGUCGGAGAUAUUGUGUUAUUUACAGCAAUCCUCGAAGUACAGAUGUCACUAGGUGUGCAAGGGAGGUAUGCCAGAGUUGGACAAGUUUGGUGUUCGACUGAAGAUGGGAACGACAUACUUGAAGUGAAGGGAUGGUUCGGGACUAGAGCUAGCCUUGAGCAAAUCAAAAUUUUACACGUAAUCUGGAGAAAGGGAAGAAGUAAGCUUGGAGUGCAGGAAAGGACUAUUGAAGGAAUUGAAAAGAAUGGAUUGUGUCUAGCAAGCGGUGUGCGCAUAUCAAAUCAUACAUUCAUGGAGGAUGGAGCUGUGACGUUGAAUCGCGUGGCGUCACGUCUGUUCUCAGGAAGAGCCACUGCGCCAUCCGUCCUCUUCGCUGCUGCUAUAGUGCUGAACUGCGACGCCAGAGUGACCCAAGUCGAUCCAAAUCCGUAUCUGAACCCGUAUGAAAUGUUUUACAAGGCUAACGAGGCGUUGAAUGCAGACAGCGCCACUACCCCUACGCAACCGGCUGUGGCGUGGUAUACCUUGGCGCAAUCGGUAUACUCUGGAGAUAUAGAGAUAUUCAGUUCGAAUGUAGCGUAUGACACGUAUAUGGAGACCAUCACAUGCCUCCAGAACUGCAGCUUCAGCGCGCAUGAUGCCCGCGGCAUGAUAACAUACGAUUCAGAUUUGUUGAGUACCUUGGAAGCAACGAAACAUUUUCAGGAGGUAGAUCGCAAGAGGCUGAGUAUGUCUUUGAUGAACUUGGAUAUAACUCGGCAGUUUGCCGCAAGCAUUUGCAAGGAGCUGGGGAUCCGGGAUACGUUUGACGAAAAAGUACUCAUGGCGGGGGCGUUGUGCCUAGAAAGUGAAGCCAGUACGCAACAAGUCGAGUACGCCGAAACCAUGUUUUUUGAAGAGGAUGGGAGAGCAGACGAAGACGCGGAAUGGCGACAUACAUUCAGUCACCACAUGGCGUACUCUAUCCACCAUGCGGACAGAAACGACAGAAACGUCGCCGUAUCGAUUGGGAAAUUUGAAAGGGAGGGAGAAAGCGUAGGCAGGAGGCACGCAGAUUGUGAACAAGAUUAUGUGUUUGUGCAUAUAUCAGACGUAACGAGAUACAUCGGUCAUGACCUGAACAGUCUUUUGCUGAGCGGAGCGAUGGAGAGAGGGCGGACGCAGUUCUUGCCAACGGGAAACAUGACGAUGCUCCCAAAAGCUAUUGCGAGAAUGGCGAGUCUGGCAGGGUGGCGGGGAAGCUGCACCCUCACGGUACGUUUCCCAAUUUCGAAUGGCAUGAUCAACGAUUCGGAUUAUCACAUAUGCUUAUCUCGCAUCUCAAAGCCGAAGAUACUGUCGUACGUGGAGGCUGAAGAGCAGAUACAAUCAGAGGAGAUGAAUGAUUUGAAGCGUAUCUAUAACCUGGUGAACCAAACAUUUCCUCAGGCCGUGGAAGAAGAAGAAUACGUUGACUAUCACGAGUUGAACGUUGAUGCACAAGAACCCAUGGGGAUAUCUGUGUCGCCUCGGGUGCGCACCAAAAGGGCGUCCGUACUGAUUUCGUCGAUGGAAAAGGCGGCAAACAUCGCCUGCGCUAGGUACGCCGAAGACAGAGGCGUGCCCAUGUGCUUUUUGAACCAAAUGGCACCCGAUGACGUGAAUAGUGUUCCAAGUUUUGUGUUCUGUGCAGAGAUCCUCCCUCACCACGUCCAGGAUGAAGAAGCCUGUGCUUUGAUUACCUCUCCAGUCCAUCGUGGGCCAGAUCUGAUCAACCACAUACAGCUGAAAGCACAGCUACGGAAGGAUGCACAGCGACGAACACGCAGAUAUCUUACAAGAGAGAAAAUCAUGGAGGAGAUUGAGAACAACAACUUCACACUCAAAUACCACCGUGGCAUACAGAUGGAAGACAGAAUCACGCAGUAUUAUACGCACAAGUUUCUGAAGGGCCAAACUCAAAAGACGCUAGUGGGGACGAUGUUGGGGUACCCCUCGGACGUAACAGAUUUGAAUCCAGACACAACGCGCAUCAACGAUAUGCAGGCAUCUGGAUGCCGUUCCUUCCAGAAAUGCCUCGUGCAAUUAGAUAGCAGUGGAAUUCGCAUUUUCGUGAUGCUUCCGUGUGGAAUCGCAGCAGGAUCGAAACUGAAUCUGUCGUUGUCCUGGAUUUGCCCAGACAGUAUGCGUCAUGAUGCAUUUGCUACACAAAUGGCAAUGGAUGUUACCGGAUAA